GUAUUGGAAGCACACCUACCAUUUUUAUUACUAGUCUUGUUUCUUGAUGCUCUUCUUGAUUUGCUUGCUGGCGAGCUUCUUCUAGGAUCUCAUACAUGUCCACCUCCUACUCCAGCUUCCUGCAGCCGCCGAUAAUGGAUUACCCUUCUGACCCUAACCCUAAUAACCUUCCUCCUCAUCAGAAUCAGUACUUUCACCAGAAUAUCCUCGAUCCUUUUCCGGCGGAGUUUCAGUUAUCGGAUUAUCUCAUGCUUGAUGCUGAUAUUAAUGGUUUUGCUGAUGAUUCCACCACUUCAGAGCAGAGUAUGAUCUCAUCGGAGCAGGUUUUCAGUGGUGGAUGUGCCGGUGGUGAUGGUGGUGCAACAUCAAGAAAUACUAGCAGCAAAUGCAAGAAAGGGAUGAAGAAAGACAAAUCUGAAGUGGGGAAUAGGGUUGCAUUUAGAACCAAAUCGGAUUUGGAGAUCAUGGAUGAUGGGUUCAAAUGGAGGAAGUACGGCAAGAAGUCGGUCAAGAACAGCCCUAAUCCAAGGAACUAUUAUAAAUGUUCAAGUGGAGGAUGCAAUGUAAAAAAGAGAGUAGAAAGGGACAGAGAAGACUCAAGCUAUGUGAUAACAACUUAUGAAGGAAUCCACAACCAUGAGAGUCCAUGUGUGGUUUACUAUAAUCAGAUCCCUGCAGAUGGCUGGUCUUUGCAACCUUCUUCUUCUCCUUCUCAACACUCUUCUUCCUCUUCAUAGCCUUCUUCUUUCUAUUUCCCCUUUCCCUCUUUAGCAUAAUUCAUCAUCACUUUUAUACCAUCAAAACUCUAGCUACUUGCUUUAUGUAAUUUUAUGAGCUUGAUUAUAUAUAAUUUUGUGUUAUGGUAUAGUCAUGUCUACUGUUACUACUAUGUUCCCUUCCAAUUGCCUGGCCCACAGGAACUUCCUCUGCACUGGGCUGGGCCCGGGCCAAUAAAUAAAGCUCACUCAUGUGUAUAAGGUCA